CUCCAGUUCACGAUGGAGGGGUCUGCCCUCUGUUUGGUGGCUGCCCUCCUGGUCUGUUUCCCGACUUCUUCCCACGGUCAACUCUACUCCAUGGUUGUCCCCAGUGUCAUGUGGCUAGAGACUGAAGAGCAGAUUGUGGUGGAGGCUCAUGGGCUCAAUACUGCCACAGAGGUGACCGUCUCUGUCCAUGAUUUCCCACAGAAGAGGAAUGUCUUGUACGAGAUCAAAGCUACAAUGAACCCAGACAAUGGCAUGAUAGUGACUCCGAUAAUAAAGGUUCCUGCAAAAGACCUAAAUAAGAACUCCAAGAAAAACCAGUAUGUCACUGUCCAGGCUACUUGUCUUCAUUUCGUACUUGAAAAGGUGGUUCUGGUUUCCUUCCAAAGUGGUUAUAUCUUCACCCAGACAGACAAAACCAUCUACACACCUGGAUCUUCAGUGCGGUACCGUGUCUUCUCUAUGGGUCAUGGCAUGGAACGUUUGGACAAAAAUGUGAUUGUUCACUUUGAGACACCAGAAGGUACUAUUGUCAGCGAGAAUACUUUUAAUCCUGCAACUCCCCUGACCCAGUCAUUUAAUCUACCUGAGACUGUCAGUUUGGGAACCUGGAAUGUUGUGACAAAAUAUCAAGACUCACCCCAGGAGACCUUCAAAACACCAUUCGAUGUCAAAGAAUAUGUAUUGCCAAGCUUUGAAGUUGACAUUGAACCAGCAGAGAAGUUUUAUUAUGUUGAUGCCAACAGAAAUUUCACAGUGGAAAUAUCUGCAAGAUACCUUUAUGGAAAGAGAGUGGAAGGUGUUGCCUUUGUCCUCUUUGGAGUGAAAAUUGAUGAUGAGAAAAAGAAUAUUCCAGACUCACUCAGGAGAAUUCCAAUUGAAGAUGGGGAAGGGAAGGCAGUGCUAACAAAAGAAAUGCUUCAGACCCGAUUUCGGAACCUUAAUGAGCUUGUUGAGCACUCUCUCUACGUCUCUGUAACAGUGAUGACAGAAUCAGGAAGCGAUAUGGUGGUGGCUGAGAAAGGCGGCAUUAACAUAGUGACAUCUCCCUAUCAGGUCUUCUUCACAAAAACCCCAAAGUACUUCAAGCCGGGGAUGCCCUAUGAACUGAUGGUUUUUGUCACCAACCCUGAUGGUUCCCCAGCUACCCGCGUCCCUGUCAUAGCUCAUUUGGUGUCUCAUUUGGUGCAAUCAAAGCCCAUUCAGGUUGAGGCAACCACCCAAAACGAUGGGACUGCCAAGCUGAUCCUGAACACAGCAACAAACGAACAAGAGCUAAGAAUAAUUGCAAAAACUAACCAAGCAGGACUGCCAAAUGAACGCCAGGCAAACAAGACCAUGGUGGCUACAGCAUAUCAAACCCAGGGAAGCGACAGAAACUAUCUUCAUUUAUCGGUCUCAGCUUCAGAUCUCAAGGCUGGGGACAACUUACUAGUCAACUUCAACAUAAAAAGCAACAAUCCAAAUAUAUUGAAAGAAAUCAGUUAUUUUACCUACAUAAUCUUGAGUAAAGGGAAAAUAGUCAAGGUUGGGAGGCAACCCAGAUCUGCCGGGCAGAAUCUAGUGACUAUAUCUCUACCCAUCACCCCAAUUCUCAUCCCUUCCUUCCGAAUUGUGGCUUACUACUACCUAGUGAAGAAUAGUGAGAUUGUGGCUGACUCUGUCUGGGUGGAUGUGAAGGAUACCUGCAUGGGAACGUUAGUUGUGAAAGGAGCAACUAAGGCUGACAAUCAAAUUCGCAAACCAGGAGAUGCAAUGAAAAUCAAAGUAGAAGGGGAUCCAAAUGCUCGGGUUGGCCUUGUAGCUGUGGACAAAGCCGUCUAUGUCCUGAACAAAAAGAAUAAGAUAAGUCAGACUAAGAUCUGGGACACAGUAGAAAAGAGUGACAUUGGCUGUACUGCUGGCAGUGGUAGGAACAAUGUGGGUGUGUUUGAAGAUGCUGGGUUGGCCCUGGAGACCAGCAACAAGCUUUCCACAAAACAGAGAUCAGAUCUGAAGUGCCUCCAAGUUGCAAAGAGGAGACGCCGUCGCUCCAUACAACUCCUGGAGUCUAAAACAGGCAAAGCGGCCCAGUAUCCUGACAAGAGACUGAGAAAAUGCUGUGAAGAUGGCAUGUUUGAAAAUCCCAUGGGUUACAGCUGUGAAAAGCGUGCUGAAUAUAUAGACGAUCAAAAGGAGUGCAAGACUGUUUUCCUUGAAUGUUGCAAUUUUAUCAAAGACAUACGGGAUCAGAAUCAACGAGAGAAAGAACUGCAACUGGCAAGAAGUGACAAUGACGAAUUUAUCAUGGAUGAGGAUGAGAUUGUCUCCAGGACUGAAUUUCCAGAGAGUUGGCUAUGGGAAACAAAAGUCCUGACAGAAGCUCCUAACCAUGAAGGGAUCUCAUCCAAGAUAGUGUCUUUUUACCUGAAGGAUUCCAUCACAACCUGGGAGGUGUUGGCUGUGAGCAUUUCAGAAACAAAAGGCAUCUGUGUGGCUGAUCCUUAUGAAAUAACGGUCAUGCAGGACUUCUUCAUUGACCUAAGGCUGCCUUACUCAGUAGUCAGGAAUGAGCAGGUGGAAGUUCGGGCUAUCCUCUACAACUAUGGAAUGAGUGAUAUCAAGGUACGAGUGGAGCUGAUUCACAACCCAGCCUUCUGCAGUGCUUCCACUGCCAAGCAGCGCUACAGGCACAAUGUCAAUAUUAGGAAACAGUCCUCUGUGGCAAUCCCAUUUGUCUUGGUCCCACUCGAACUGGGAUUCCAUGACGUCGAAGUCAAAGCGGCUGUCUGGAAUGUGGUGGUGUCUGAUGGAGUGAAGAAGAAGCUCCGGGUUGUGCCUGAAGGGAUACGGCAAUCACUUGUGAGCACUAUUGAAUUGGAACCCUCUAAAAAAGGAAAAGAUGGAGAGCAGACUGAGCUGGUGAAAGCUCGUCGUUUAGAUGAUAUUGUUCCUAGAACUGAAGUUGAAACGAAAAUUAGCAUUCAAGGAGACCCUGUGGCUCAAAUGGUUGAAGAGACCAUUGAUGGAAGCAAUUUGAAACAUCUCAUCAUAACACCAGCCGGCUGUGGAGAGCAGAACAUGAUCACCAUGACACCAUCGGUUAUUGCCACCCACUACCUUGACACCACAGAACAAUGGGAGAAGAUUGGGGUGAAUCGCAGGGCAGAUGCCAUCAAACAGAUCCUGCAAGGUUAUGCCCAGCAAAUGGCAUACAAGAAACCAGACCACUCCUAUGCUGCCUGGAUAGAUCGCCCAUCUAGCACUUGGCUAACAGCAUAUGUAGUGAAGGUCUUUUCCUUGGCUUCCAAAAUUGUAUCAACUAUUGAUGACAGGGUUGUCUGUGGAGGUGUGAAGUGGCUGAUUCUGGAAAGACAAAAGCCAGAUGGGAUUUUCAGUGAAGAUGCCCCUGUGAUUCAUGGAGAGAUGUUGGGAGGCUAUAAGGGUGCUGAACCAGAGGUGUCGUUAACAGCUUUCGUCCUGGUUGCAUUGCUGGAAUCCAGAAGCCUCUGUGAGAGACAUGUCAAUGUUCUAAACAACAGCAUCAAUAAAGCUGCUAAUUAUUUACUGAAGAAAUAUAACACAUUGCGAAGGCCUUAUACCACAGCGCUGACAGCCUACGCUUUGGCCCUGGCAGGGAGAUUGAAGGAUGACAGCGUCCUCAUGGCAGCAUCAGAAGGCAAUAACAGGUGGGAAGAAUAUAAUGCCCGAACCUACAACAUUGAAGGCACCUCCUAUGCCUUGCUGGCUUUGCUGAAAAUGAACAGGAUUGAGGGCACUGGCAAUAUUGUUAAAUGGCUAACGGAGCAGAAAUAUUAUGGGGGAACAUAUGGACAAACCCAGGCAACUAUCAUGGUGUUCCAAGCUCUUGCCCAGUACGAGAUUGACAUACCUUCUCAUGAGAAAUUGAACCUGAAUGUUGCCAUCAAAUUACCAGAACGUCAAGAUCCAAUUAGUUAUGUAAUCGACAAUGAAGGUGCCCUUCUGACCAGGACAGCAGAGACCAAGCUCAAUGAAGAUUUCACUGUUCGUGCCUCCGGCCAAGGAAAAGCAACAAUGACAGUUGUGACACUGUAUAAUGCACAGAUGAAAGAAGAUGCAGCUCAAUGCAAGAAAUUCACCCUUGAUGUUAGUGUUGAACCCCUUGAGCUGAGUCAGAAGGAGCUAAAGGGAUCCCUCCAGAUGGUCAAGAUGAAAAUCUGCACCAGGUAUCUUGGUAAAGUUGAUGCCACAAUGUCCAUCAUCGAUGUCUCCAUGCUCACUGGUUUUGCACCUGAUCUUAGUGACCUUAAUAGGCUUUCUGAAGGAGUCGACAGGUUUAUUGCCAAAUAUGAAAUUAACAAAGGAUACUCUGAAAGAGGAAAUUUUGUCAUUUACUUGGACAAGGUCUCUCAUUUAAAUGAUGAAUGUGUUCAGUUCAAAGCUCACCAGUUUUUCGAAGUUGGUCUCAUUCAACCAGCAUCCGUGAAGGUGUACAACUAUUAUAAUCUAGACGAGCAGUGCAUCAAGUUCUACCAUCUUCCCAAAGAAAGUGGCCUCUUCAGUAAGAUAUGCCAUGGUGAUGUUUGCCGAUGCGCAGAAGAAAGCUGCUCCUUGCUCAACAAUGUAAAGGAAGAUAUUGAUCUGAAUCUACGAGUUCAACAGGCCUGCAAACCAGGAGUAGAUUACGUAUACAAAGCCAAAUUGGUUCGAAUAGAAGAGGAAAAUGGUUAUGACAACUACUUCAUGCAAGUUCUGGAAACAAUUAAAGAAGGGAGUGAUCCAAAUCCAGUAGACAAUCCUCGCAAGUUUAUCAGCCAGAUGAAGUGCAGGGAAACUCUGAAUCUGCAGGAGAAUAAGGACUAUCUGAUCUGGGGCGUCAGCAAUGACCUGUGGCCUGCAAAUAAUGAUGUCUUCUACCUCAUAAGCAAAGAUACCUGGAUCGAGAGGUGGCCAAGUGAGGAUGAAUGCCAAGACGAAGAAAUGCAGGACCUCUGCAAUGACCUUGAUCGGUUUUCCAAUACGUUGGCAUUUUUUGGCUGCCAGGUCUAACUAGAGUUGCUUGUUGUCUGUUAUUCAUAGAAGGCUGACUUUUGAGGUAAUGUUCAGAAGUCACAUUCCCUCCUGAGGUUUUAAUUUUAUCUAUCUUUUUUAUUUUUGCUCUUCUUUCCACCACGUCAAAAUGAUUAUGUAUAAA